AGCUGCUUGUGUGGAAAAGCCAACCAGCCAUCAUAGGGCGGUCCCGAGCUAAACACCCAAGCAGUCGUCAGAGGGGGUACAUUAUCCAACGUUCCCAGACUUUAACUUUUAACGUAAUUUUAACCCUGAGGAAAAAGCAGCCUCCAGUAGUGAGAGAGUGCGAGGAUUACAGUGAUGUCCUGAGAUUAUUUAGCAUCUAAAUAAAGCCCAGCACUGAGGAACUCUGUUUAUCCGACACUGAGCAGAGACUGGACUAUUACCUGUGAGCACAAUGACUGCGCUGUAUCACACAUUCCUGCUAUUUACAGUCAGUAUGGCUUCCCUGCAGCCACAGAGAUCUUCACGGAGCAAAAGGGGUUUGCUGGAACUAGCUGGCGUGAUCAAGUGCAGCACGGGACGAUCAGCUUUAACUUAUGCGAUGUACGGAUGUUACUGUGGUCUCGGGGGUCAAGGGUGGCCCAGAGACAGAGCAGACUGGUGUUGCCACAAACAUGACUGCUGUUAUGGGGAUGCAGAAUUCGCAGGCUGUCAGACCAAAACGGACAGGUAUCUGUGGACGUGUGAAGAAGAGGAGGCUGACUGUGACACGUUUAAUGACAGAUGUGCGAAAAUCCUUUGCCGAUGUGACAGGGAAGCAGCCAGAUGCCUCCGAAAGGCACCGUACAACCAAAAAUAUGCUCUGUGGCCAGAUUUCCUCUGUGGAUGUGUUCAUCCUACCUGCAACAUUUACUAA